UAGUGCUCAGCUGCCAGCACCGAGUAGAGGAGCGUGCGGUUCAAGCCGUAGCUCGCUGUGGCCGUGUAUGCCCAACUCCAGCCUCUCUGUUGUACAGUUUGGGACGGAGGAGUUACAUAGUUUCCAUACUGCUUGAGAGAUUCUCGGAGGAUCUUUUGCUGCCUUUGAUCUGUGAUCCAUUUUGGGAACAAAGGAUGCUUGAUCUUGUUGGUAUUCACUGCCAUUGGAAGGUAUUCCAGAAAUUAAAAAAAGUCCAUCUUUGGCAAUAGGAAAUUAAAUAACUGAUGGGAAAAUACAGUAACACGACAUUUCAGUGUAUAAUGGCUUUUACAGGAUAUUGCUUGUAUCGUAGUACUUUGAGUUGCCUGAUGGAUUUACCAUGGUGAUGCUGUUUACCAAAGCUUUGGAAGACAAUGUUGCCAAUGCCAUAAGGUGCAGGCCAUUUAAGUCCGAUGUGCACUGUCACAAGAAGAUGAGUGAAGGGCCUACUCUCUUCUCCUGUGGAAUUAUGGAAAAUGAGAACUGGAGAAGUUUCAACAAAUGCUGCCCCUUUCAGCUUGAGCAAACCAGCAGUCGUAUUGAUUCCAUCUGGGACUGCCUGCCAGAUACAUGCCAGAAAAGUGCAAUAUGGCAAAGAGAGUCCAGUCCUCCUUGCAUCGUGACAAAUCUCAUCAAAGAACUGAGUCUUAAUGAUCAUAACGGAAACCAUUCAGCUCCUCCAAGUAAACGCCAGUGUCGUUCUCUGUCUUUCUCAGAUGAAUUCUCCAGCUUUAGACCAUCGUGGAGGCCAGUGGGAUCCAAGGUCUGGACUCCGGUAGAAAAGCGAAGGUGCUAUAGUGGUGGAAGUAUGCCUAGAGUCUCCAAUGGUUUCAACACCAUGCAAAGAAGUUCAAGUUUCAGCUUGCCAUCUAGGUCAAACAUAUUCUCUUUCACUCAAGACCAGUCAGGAUUUAAUAAUAAAAUGUCAUGUCAGCAAAGUCAGGGUUCUUGGACAUCAGAAAUGUCUGAGCAUACUGGACAUGCUCAAGCCACAGAAGCCACCUCUGUAGUGAACCACACCACCUACUGGACAAGAUCACUUUCUUGUUCCCAUGAACAGAUCCCUUUAUUGGAAUAUCGCCCACCAUCUACAAGUAGUACUCCAGCAUCUACACCGGAGCUGGUCAGACGCACUAGUGGACUGUCACGAAGUAAGUCUCAGCCUUGCGUGCAUAACGAAAAGAAGAUCGGAAUGAAACGACGCAGGCAAGAUGAUGUGCAGGAACAAAGGCCAUCUCUGGAUCUUGCCAAAAUGACACAGAGAAACUUCCAUAGCCUUACCUGCCUUGGUAUCUCUGGAGAUGAGUGCAGCCCACAAAAUCUAGUUUCACUCAGUUUUACUGACAGGAACAAAUGGACGACUACAGAUAAUGAAGCUGAUAUUCUACCAGGCAUAACCCCUGCUAGCAGCCCUGUUCUGCAGCACCCACAGAUUUCUGAAGAUUCCAUACUUGGCAACGAAUGCACAGGGUGUGAAGAAGCUGGCUUCUGCGUAACACGUGAAAAGUACAAAGAGAACAAUGAAACUCCUUCGUGGAAAAAUAAAAAUGAGUUGGACGAUGAGCUGGACAUUGAACAAAUAGAAAGAAAUUGAAAGAAGACUGUGGCGUUUGGGUACAGAAACAUCGUAUUAAUUAGCACAUGUAAGAGUGCUUCAGCUGUGUAGUAGGUGCAUCAGUGCACAGUAAGCGCAGGUAGCGUGCUGUACGAAGCAGGUCCAGAAGAACAUACAGUACCACUUUCUGUCCACUUCGCUGGAUUCUAUAGAGUUGUCAUUCUGCUUGUGUUAAUGUUUCUUGAAACCAGUAGGGUUUCUGAACAGCCUGGAUACAUUGCAGCUAAAAAAAAAAGUUUGUGAGGAAAAACAGUCAAAUAUGCAUAAUGAUACUAUUUCACAACUGAUGUAUUAAGCUUUUGCAGUUAUAAGGCAUUGGAUCACCUUUUUUAAAUUGUCAAACAGAAGUGCUGUGAUUUAAAAAAAACUGGAAGCCAGUUAUAAAAAAAGA